AUGGCCCAGGCGCCUCCGUCCUCCGCCCGCGCAACCGUCGACGAGUCGGAUGCCGCGAUACUGGCGUCCAUUACGGUGCCCUCGUCGUCGCCAAGGUCCAGAUUCGUCAAUUGGGGCCUGAGUUUCGAGUGCACCCCGCUGGCUAUAUUCGAGCCCGAAACGGAGGAGCACUGUGCGCUGGUGCUGGCGAUGGCGAGGCGCGAAGGGAGGGUGCUGAAGGCCGUCGGUGUCGGGCAUAGUCCCAGCGAUCUGGUGUGCACAGGAGACUUCAUGCUGCGAAUGACGAAGAUGGCUCGUCUCCUAGAGGUCAACGUGGAGAAGGCGUACGUGGUUGCUGAGGUGGGAAUCACCCUCACCGCGCUCCAUAUCGAGCUGGCGAAGCAUGGCUUGGCGAUGCGGAAUGUCGGAUCGAUAUCCGACCAGACUCUCGGCGGAAUCGUCACCACUGCCAGUCAUGGCUCUGGGAUCGGCUUCGCGUCCAUGUCGACCGACGUUUCCGCGCUCACGCUGCUCCUUGCAGAUGGCUCUGUCGCGCAAUGCUCAAGGACAGAACAAGAGGACUUGUUUUUGGCCACUUUGUGUGGGCUCGGGGCCACCGGUAUCAUUCUUCGCAUCCAGCUUAAAGUCGAGCCAGCAUUUCGGCUGAAGGAAGAGCUGUGUUCGCGGAGCUUCGAGGACUGGGUGGGCAACUUCGAAUCGCUGGUCCGGUCUGCAGAGCAUGUGCGAUUCUGGUGGAUAGCAGCGUCGCAUAAGGUCAAAUGCAGCACCGUAAAUAGGACACGAGAACCAAAACUCCCUCCCAUUCCCUGGUUCUACAGCUCCUUCCUCGCAUUCCAUGUCGUGCAACUAUUGCUCUUCAUCGGCCGCCUCUGGCCAUAUCUCAACACUCUCACCGGCAUCUUCGUCUCCUGGCUCGCCGCAGCCCCCGUUACUCUUGUCGACGACGGACCCAAAAUUUUCAACGUAGAGUGUCGUUAUCCCCAGCAUACGACCGAAUGGGCUGUCCCCCUCGCGAAUGCACCUGCAUGUCUUCGGGAAUUGAAGAAUUGGAUGGACAGCGAGGCGAAAGAUCCCCAUGGGCUGCGACCGCACUUUCCGUUCGAGGUCCGGUUCUCUAAGGAGGAUGACAUAUGGCUUAGUCCCGCAUACGGUCGCGAGACAUGUUGGAUUGGAAUUGCGCAGUAUCGGCCAUAUGGCUUCAACGUUCCCUACGCGACCUUCUUCAAGCGUUAUGAAGCCAUCGUCGCCCGCCACGGCGGCCGACCACAUUGGGCCAAGGCGCACCCGCUCACCCCGCCGCAGCUGCGUAAGAUGUACCCCAAAUUCGCCGACUUUGUGCGUGUGCUCGAAGAGGUCGACCCACAUGGGGUGUUCAGGAAUGAAUAUGUGCGCCGGCAUGUGUUCGGGGAGGAGAUACUCGCGGAGAAGGGGGAGGGACGGUGGGGACGAGUGUGGAAGGCGCGUAGGCUUCUGUAG